AUGAACAAUGAAAAACAACAACCGAAAGAGCAUAUAAACAUAACACCAGACCAAAUUGCACACAAAUUAUUAAUGAAUGGGAAAACGAAGACAAAAGGGAAGAAAACUAAGCUUAAAUUUAAAAUGGAUAUAAAGAAUAAUACAAGUGACUUCAAUAAACCAUUCGAGAUGGAUGAGCUAAAUAUGGCCAUCGGAGUAAUGAAAAAUAGGAAAGCAGCGGGCAUCGACGGAAUCAUGACAGAACAGAUCAAGCAACUAGGCCCCAAAGCCAAGGAAUGGCUACUAAACAUGUUCAAUAACUGUAUCAAAACCGAUAGUAUCCCAACAGAAUGGCUCAAAUCACAUGUUGUGGCAUUAUUGAAGCCUGGAAAAGCCCCUACAGAUGCAAGUAACUUUAGACCCGUGUCACUAUUAUGUCAUACAUAUAAAAUGUUUGAGAGAAUGGUACUGAAUAGAAUAAAAGACAAGAUAGACGGGAAACUAAUCAAGCAACAAGCUGGCUUUAGGGCUGGUAAGUCAUGCACGGGGCAAAUACUUAACCUUGUUGAAGAAAUAGAGAAAGGCUAUGAGAAUAAUGUAAUAACAGGUGCAGCUUUUAUCGACCUCAGCGCUGCAUAUGAUACGGUUAAUCAUAGAUUACUGCUUAAGAAAAUAUAUGAGCUAACUGAAGAUGCGAAAUUCACAAAAAUUAUUAGUCUUUUAUUAAGGAAUAGACGGUUUUUUGUAUCAUUGCAGGCCAAAAAGAGCAGAUGGAGAAGACAAAAUAAUGGAUUACCCCAAGGAAGUGUUCUAUCACCAAUUUUAUUUAAUAUUUAUACUAAUGAUCAACCAAUUGGGACCCAAACGAAGCACUUUAUAUACGCUGAUGACCUCGCUAUUACAACCCAGGGCAAAACAUUCGAAGAGGUGGAAGUGAAUCUGAAUGACACACUUAAUACUAUGAAGGAAUAUUAUAAUGAUAAUUACCUCAAACCGAAUCCAGCAAAAACACAAAUUACCGCUUUCCACUUACGAAACAGAGACGCCAAGCGGAAACUGAGAAUUAAUUGGCAAGACACAGAAUUAGAGCAUUGCGAAGAACCAACCUACUUAGGCAUUAAACUUGACCGAGCCCUGACAUAUAGAAGUCAUUGUGAAAACACAAAAAAUAAAAUAGGAACAAGAAACUGCUUGCUUCAAAAACUGGUUGGCUCUCAAUGGGGCGCAGACCCUCAUGUCUUGAGAACGACAGCCUUAUCACUAUGUUACUCGACGGGUGAAUAUGCUUGUGCUGCAUGGAGAAACUCAGCACAUGCUAAAAAGGUAGACGUGGCCCUAAAUGUAACUAACAGAUUAAUUACGGGGUGCCUGAGACCAACACCAGUUCAGAAAGUACAAGUAUUAUGCGGUAUAGCACCCCCUAAUAUAAGGCGAGAGGUGGCAGCAAGGAUAGAGAAAACAAAACAAGAAUCAGACUUAAGACAUCCUCUAUAUGGAGGUAAAACCAUGGGGAGCCGGCUCAAAUCAAGGAAAAAUUUUUUGAAGACAACAAUUAGCCUAUCACAAACACCUGAAGCAACGAGAAUAGACUUAUGGAAGGAGGCAAUGAAAGAGCAUAACUCACUGCUAUGGAAGGAUCCGAAGGAAAGCUUACCGACCGGAAGUCACUUACCAUGGUCGGUAUGGAAGACACUGAAUAGAUUACGAACGGAAACUGGAAGGACAGCGAGUAAUAUGAAAAAAUGGGGAUUGAAAGAUGAUGGGAAAUGCGAAUGUGGUGGAGAGCAGGAUGCGGACCAUCUGUUUGUAUGCCCACAAUUACCGAAUAAGUGUAGAAAGGAAGAUUUUUUGACGCAUAAAAUUUCAGACAAAGCAAUACAAAUUGCGGCUUACUGGGGAGCGAAGGGAAUAUGA